GCCUCGCGAGGGUGGCACAGCUGACUGGUAUGAGUGCCGUCACGAGAUAACGCGCGUCGCCGUCAGCUGCGUGUGCCCGUCGUGCUGCUCUGCACUCUGCUUGGCGUCCGACGCUGAGCCGCGCCGCCUUGAGCMGUCGUCUCGUCGUCGYUGUUGUUGCUGUCGUAUCGUUUCKCGGCCGUGCAGAUAAUGACGGCUUCACCACCGCCGUCAGUGCAGCGGCAGGCCGUAACCGUGGCCACUGCGAUUGCGGCUUUCCGACUGUCGCUAAUGAUGUUACUGCUGCUGGACGUCGGCACCGCRUCCGCGUCCAUAUGCAAAUCCGGACUGUGCACCCGCGAACAGUACUGCUGCGGCGACGGCAAGUGCUGUGACAACGUGUACAGCCUSUGGUACUUGUGCGGAGGUGUAGCUGUUAUGCUCUUCGUCGUCGGUUCAUUUUGUCCGGUCAUCAGACAGUGCUGUUGUUUCCGGACCCCAGUGAUCGUCAAGUAUGUCCCCGUGCCCACGUCACCUACUAAAUUCAAAUAUUCUGAUCGUGAAAAAUGCACCAGAGUGGAUGUGACGCUGCCCAUGCCGCCUCAAGCCACCACGUUGGACGUCACAAACUGCAUAUAACUACAUAGCACUACUAAACACAGUAUCUACUAUCUACACAUAUUAUAACAUAAUAAUAAUAUCAAUACUAUUGUUAUUCGCCGAUAACCGCUGUKUAGAUGACGUGGUCAUGUGGAUCCCACAUGUCGUCCCAUGACGACAACCACCAUCGUCACCGGUGAGAAUUCACAUUUUAAGCCGUCAUAGCGUGCAUCGGCAUUGAACAUUG